CUAGCUUGGAUGAUAAAGAGGAAGUCCAACAAUUGCUUAAUGACUAAAAAUAUUUACCAGCAGUCUUGUAACGUGUAAAGAUUAUGCUUUGAUUGACAUGACCCGACAUAAUUCAUUUCAUACGUCCAUUUACGGCUAUGUGUAGUCCGAACAGUAGGCCAGAUUAGUUUUCGGAUGCUUCGUUCCUUUGAUAAAAGCUGGUGAAAAUGUUCGAUUGUGUGCAAAACUGGUUGGUUCAGUUUUGCCUGUUUUAUAGCUAGUAUCAUCUACACAACUACGUUCUGAUGUUCGGCGAGUGUGCAGAAACGACAUCGAACAUAACGAUUUCUCAUACUACACAUGCUGUGAAGAUGUAUCCUGGUUAAACAGAAACAUACAGACAACAAAUGAAGUGAUGAACACUGACUAGGCAGACAUCAGGGGUGGGAAUUCUCCUCGAUCCGCGGUUUUCCUCUCGUGGAACAUUGCGUUUCCUCGCAUUUCAAUCGUCCUUUCCUCAAAAAUGUGUCAGAAGGCACAGAUUUUAACCUAGGAUUGCAAGAAUUUCCGGGACCCCUCUAGAUUUCCCCUUUUUUACAGUUCACCAAUUUCCACCCCUGAUACAUAUCUAACACUGACUAGACAGACAUAUCUAACAAUGUCAAUCACUGGUCGUCAUAAAGGUCUUAAAUGUGAAGUCUGCUUAAAAUGCUUUCCAACCAAGAGCAAAUUAGAAGAACAUAUUCGCGUGCAUACUGGAGAGAAACCUUUCAAAUGUGAAAUAUGCACAAAAUGUUUUACAAGUAAAUCCAGCUUGACGAAGCAUAUGUCCAUUCAUAAUAAUGAAAAAGCUUUCAAAUGUGAAGUGUGCACAAAACGUUUUACACGCAAAUGCGGCUUGAAACAACAUAUGUUUAUCCAUACAGGUGGAAAACCUUUCAAAUGUGAAGAGUGCACAAAACGUUUUAAAUACAAUAUAUCCUUAAAACACCAUAUGUUGAUUCAUACUGGUCAAAACCCUUUCAAAUGUGAACUGUGCACAAAAUGUUUUAGAAAUAAUUACCGUUUGAAGAAACAUGUGGAGACCCAUACUGAAGAGAGACCUUACAAAUGUGAAGUGUGCUCAAAACGUUUUAAAUACAUCACCAACUUAAGUCCACAUAUGUUGUGUCAUACUGGUGAAAAACGUUUUAAAUGCGACGUGUGCACAAAACGUUUUGCACGCAGUUCCAGCUUAAAAGAGCAUAUGUUGAUUCAUACAGGCGAGAAACGUUUCAAAUGUGAAGUGUGCACAAACCGUUUUACAGACGGUAACCAUCUAACACGGCAUAUGUUGAUUCAUACUGGUGAAAAACCUUUCAAAUGUGAAGUGUGCACGAAACGAUUUGCAUCCAAUGGCACGUUAAAACAACAUAUGUUGAUUCAUACUGGUGAAAAACCUUACAAAUGUAAAAUUUGUACAAAAUGCUUUACACACCAUACCAACUUAAAACACCAUAUGUUGAGUCAUACUGCUAACUAGCUUUUCAAAAGGGAAGUGUGCACAAAACGUUUUAUACACAAGAACAGCUUAAAACGGCAUACGUCGAUUCGUGUUGGUGGAAAAACCUUUCAGUUAUGAAAAGUAUGCAUAGGCUUUGGAAGAUGCUUGUAAAUAGGCAGAACAAUAUGGAAGGGUCGUAAAAUAUAUAU